AUGAACUACAACUCAGAUCAUGACAUUGACGAAAGGGAGGAAAUUACCUUCUCUGAUGGGGGAAACCAGGAGAUAGAGAAUGUUGAAGAAUCUAAGAUGACUAUUUCGACUCCUAAACUUGACUCUGAAACAGAAGAUCUUCCUGGGAAUGAAGAGAAGAUCAAUAAAGACUUGAUAAAAGAAGUAGAGGGUAAUACCAAAGAAAAUAAGACUAAAUCUCCAGGAUCAUAUUUUAAAUCAAAAGGUAUGCAUAAAAUAUCCUACGAAAGUGAAGAUAAACAGACUAAAGAACUUUCCCCAAGAGUUUUUGAAAUUCUUGACAAGGAAGGAGAGGAAGUUGUUGAGAAACUUGAAGAGAAAGGCACAAUUAAGAAAUAUCCUCCCAUUCAGCAUAGCCCUAAUUCUAUCAAACCAAGGAAGAUUAUAUACUCAGCUAAUUAUAAUGAUUCAAAUAUUGAUAUUGAUGAAAGAGAAAUACAACCUAAAUCUCCAGAAAUAGAGCUUGUAAAUGACUCAGCUUACAUCCCUUUGCACCAAAAAGAGUCUCCUUUCAGAGACAAAGAAAACAUUGAGCUUAACCACCGUCAACCUCCUCAAAAUGAAAGCCAAAUCCCCCCUGAAUCCCACCCUUAUCCCCACCAAACCCCACCUCAAAUCCCCCAAUCCCAAAACUUCAGCCCUCCAAAUUACAAAUCCUUCCUUAAAAACCCUCAAAAUCCCUCUUUACCCCACCCCCUGAACACCUCCUUACCCGACCCGAUCACCUUCAACACCAAUCUCCCACCCCAAAACCCCCACUACAACCCCUCCCAAGAACUCCCUUACACCUCUGAAGCUCCACACCCCUACUACAACCAGUACCACCCUCCUCCCUUCAGCCACCAGUACCAAAUCCCCUACCAGCACCCACAGUUCUGACAGUACCCCCAGAACUCCCAAAUAUGGAACCAGACUUCGUACUUGCCGCACCAGAAUUCACAGUUCGACCAGAUUUCCAAGUUGGUGAUGAUGAACAAUGAGUUGCAGCAAGUGGUGUAUAGUUUGAGGCAGGAGAAUGAAGGGUUGAAGAGAGGGGAUCACAGGGGAUGGAUGGAGUCGAGAGAGGAAGGGGAUAGAGAGAGUAUGGAUUACAAUUACAAGAAACUUACAGAAGAGAGAAGGGAAAAAGAGGAUGCUUUGGAAAAGCAAAGAGAGAUGUUUGAAGAAUUGAUCAAAUUAAGGAAAAUCAAUCAAUAUAGAAAAGGUCUUAUCGAUGACUUGGAACAAGAAAAUGAUAAAAUGAGGAUAGAAAGAAAGGAAAUAAUGGAGAGAAUGUAUAGAAUUGAGAAGAGAGAAAGACAGUUCCUCGAACAGAUUAAAGAGCUUAACGAAACUCUCAAUGAACAAGACAAGAUCAUAGAUUUAUUAAAGAAGAAAAGAGAUAGAGAAGAGGAGGUAGAAAGAGAAGAUGAUGAUCUUGAAAGAGAUCCUUAUAUAAAUUUGGACAUUAAGAAGGAAAGAAUGCCAUACCAAGUUCAGAAUGUUUAUAAACCCCUGAAUAACUUCUAUGUGCAAGAUAAGGAAGAAGAAAUUGAAGUCAAAAGUUCUAGAACAAGAAAAUUCCAAAUGACUCCUGAAAAGAAACCUAAAAGAUAUGAAAGAGCAAGAACUCCUGGAUCGACUAUUUACAAUAAGAAUCUACGCUCCUCAGUUGGAGAAUGUCUCAGUUGGCAAGACGGCUCUGAAACACCUGAAAAAGCAUCAAAAUCAGUAGCUAGAUACACUAAAAACUCUCCAUCCGAUCCCAAAAAAUUCUCCCAAUCCUUCGCCCAAAAACCUCCUCUAAACCCUCUUGAUCCUCCCUACCAGCGAUCUCGUGUGCAUUUCCUCGAUAACCCAGCUCCCCAAAAUCCUCAAAUAUCCCAAUCGUCCAAAACCCAGCCUUCCCAGAAACCCCGCUCAGCCAGUCACCAGAACCGUGCUAGUACACCUAUUUUCGCUGACCACCAGAUUAACCCAACUUCCUUAGCGAUUCCUUCAGACACGUACCCCCAGCAGACCAAAAUCCAGAUGUACAACCUUGAGAAGGACAUUGCUCGCUUGACUGCUGAGCAGGCAAAGAAACAAGAGGAAUUUGAUAGGAUUUCAGAGUAUUCUAAGUCAAAUUGGGAACGAAGAAGGAAGAGGCAACUUGAGACAGAUGUCAGGGUCAUACAGGCCAAUUUACAGUUCCUUAACAGGAAGUAUAGAGACCUAGCAGGGUCUAAUUAUACCCAAAGAAUGAGAGCCUAA